UUCAGCGUUGGUAGCGCAAUCAGCGAAACGUACAAUCGAAUCAAAGGAUAUCGCCUGCUCAGAAUCGUCUGCAGAGCAAGAGAUGGUCGUCUGCUGAAAAACUUCGUGCCAAAUUUCCCAUCGGUUUUUGCAGAGACUGUUCUAUUGAAAGGAUUUUUCUUUCUUUGAUCAAGAGAGACGAAAAUUGACUCCUGCCAUGUCGGUUGAUUCGACUCCUCAUUCUUCUCCAAGGAGUAGCACUUCAGAUGCCAUGCAGCAGUUAGAACUCGAGGACCACUACGAUGUGAUCAAGGACCUUGGAUGCGGCACCUACGGGAAGGUGGUGCUUGCCGUGUGCCGCGAAACGGGCACGAGCGUUGCGCUAAAGCUUCUCCCAAAGUCGAACACCAAGCCAAAGGACUUUAACCGUGAGUUUUAUUAUAGCUAUUAUCUAUCACCACACAGAGCAAUCGUUGACACUUUCGAUGUCUCAUUUGAGACCGCCGAGAAUUAUGUCUUUGCUCAGGAGUACGCUCCUUUGGGAGAUCUGUUCGAAUCCAUCACGCCCCAGAUCGGACUUUCAGAAGUUGUCACCAAAAAUGUCAUCAGACAACUCAUGUCUGCGCUGGAGUUCAUGCACAGUAAAGAGUUAGUGCAUCGCGAUAUCAAACCAGAAAACAUUCUUGUGUUCGAUACGUACUGUUCGAGAAUAAAGCUAAUGGACUUCGGGAUGACCCGAAAGGUUGGCACAAUGGUGAAGAAAACCAGCGGAAGUAUUCCUUAUACGCCCCCAGAAAUCUGCGAAGCUGUCAAAAAUGAGAGUUACAGUGUUGAAACUACUCACGAUGUUUGGGGUGCUGCCGUGCUUAUGUUCUGUACGCUUACUGGAAACUUCCCCUGGGAAAAUGCUCACCGAAAAGACUCUUACUACGCCGAGUUCAGCCUUUGGCAGAAGCGAAAGACAUUGAAAAUUCCUUCGCAGUGGAAGCCGUUUACUCCCCGGCUGAUGCGAUUGUUUAGGAAAAUGCUUGAGCCAAAACCGGAGCGGAGAUGUUCGAUUCGUGAAAUUCAUAAGUACAUGGACGAUACUUGGCUUACCAGGACCAAAUCUCGGAGCAGUGACGAUGACAUGUAUCAGCCUAUGUCCCCUCGGCCGCAGGGCGACGACCGCAGCACGGAGGAGCUAUCGGAUAUGUUAGAAAACUGUGGGAUUGAAACGAAGGUUACGCGGCGAUUUCGUGAGAAACGGAUCCACGAAUGGUUGCUCUCAACAUAAACUUGAUGAUGGAGACACUUCAAGAAACAAUUGCCAAUCUCGCCAUUUUGUAUACGGACUGCUAAAGGUGAUUCCUGCUUUGUUGAUUGCCGUCAUUUUUAUAUCACUCUUCUUUUAACGAGCAUUUCGGUCGUGUCAUUCGAUGGUUUUGCAGACUGGUACACCCAGCUACAAAACGCUCCAUUGCAUUGACUCAACUAUGAUUUCAAUGCUGCAACCUUAGAAGCUGUUGGUUCAACUAUAGUUUCAAUGCUGCAAGCAGUUGGUUUAACUAUGGUUUCAAUGCUGCAACCUUAGAAGCAGUCGGUUUAACUAUGAUUUCAAUACUGCAACAUUAGAAGCAGUAUUAACUAUGAUUUCAUUGCUGCUACCUUAAAGUUCGUUUGAAUGAUUUCAUUAGAAUUAAAAGACUAGUCUUUAUGUAUUCUUGAUAUCAUUUCAUUCGCAUUUGCGAGGAAUACGGUAAAUAAAGUGUAUUGAUCUAAUCCAGAGGCACGUGAUGAACAUGUGUUUCUGAAAUCAAUCCUAGGGCAUAUAAGGUCAUGUAAUUACAUUCAUACAAUGCAACCAAUUUGUUGAAUCCAUAGAUUGGACAGCUGUUGAAUUGAAACUGAACAAGAACGAGGUCUGUUCAGUAGUUCAGUCGCUUUCAUCAACUGUUUGCAAUCUUUUUAAGGGAACAUUAGUACAUCAGGGUGAAAGCUAAGCCUUAACAGAUGUUUCGUCUAAACGUUAAAGGUUCAAGGGUCAUUGAACUUAAUUCUGUUUCUCCGGGGCAGUAAUUGAAAUCAGGGUGUUCUGGUUGGCUUAUAUGACAUGGAGUCUUUAAAACUCACUUUUUGCAAAUUUGUAAAUGGGUUAAAAAGUACUGCAACAAGUUUUUUGGUAACUGCAUUAGUGAGUGUACCGUAUUCCUCUGCUAGUGUUAACCUUUCCACUUAUGACAGCUCUAGCAGGCAUGUUCAGGGAUUACGUUACAGACGUAAAUGUCAAAAUUUGAUUUGGAGCUUUGCGGAUAUAAUGUAUCGAGCCAACGUUACUAAUGCACAGCGUAGGUGGAGAAUCGAAACUGUAGUCUAAAGUUGUUUUUAAUUCAGUUUGCGAAAGCAAAAAAAUCAGAUAUACAACAGUGUAUACAAAAAUUCAACAACCUUGUACUCGCAUCAUCAAAAGUCGAGGGUAAGCAAUAUGUCGUGUGAAGAUCAAAAACAAUUUCAUUUCUAAAGCAUGUUUGCAAAAGAAUUAAUUGAUAUCCCAUUGGCUACCGAAAAAAGUGAAGUUUUAGUGAAGUUACAAGAUGAGAAGCCGGUGAUCAUGUUAUAACUUGUCUCUUUAUGAGUCAUGACUACGACCUCUUUCGCCAGAAUAUUAAUUUGAGGCAUAAAAUCGCUGAAAUGUUGUAUUAGAGGAAUCACCACCUACUGAAUGAUAUAUCAUUAAUAUAUAUUUCUCAUCAUGCCCUGUUUAUACGAACUAAGAAAUUUAGAUAUAGGUACAGAUAAUUUGUAUUCAUUCAUUUAUAAGACAUAUAAUCAUUUGUACAUGUAACAGGUAAUUAAUGAUACGCAGGUAUCAUACAUGAAGAACUAUGAAAAUGUAAGCUUAGUUUAAGGUUAGCAUGCGGUUGAAGCAGCAGCUUACAAUGUAGUAAUGCUGUAAGAAACCACUAGAGAAGGGUUAUAGGCAGGAGCUAGGUGGUCAAAUUGAUGGUCUUUAGUUGACCAUCACACACAAGGAAACGGGAUCGUGUCUGAUUCAGCCAUGGAUAUAUCCUCCUACAAGCGCGCAUAGUUCGGUACUGUGAGAUAGGAGACCCCUAUCUGUGACUUUAUGUAACUUAAUCUGACCUAACUGGCUCCUGCUUAUAGUGUCCCAGAGUGAGACUAAUUAUUCUAUCAAACAUUACCCUAUGUUUUUAGCUCACUGCUAAUUCGAACAUUAUCUCGAACCACACUAAAGAGACGUCGUACAGCUGACCCUAUCACUGUAAACAUCCCGUUUGGAGCGUGACAACAGCAGAUAUGUCCAUUCAGUGAAUUGGUAAAUGGCGGCAGACAAUGAAAUAUUGAUGUUGAUUAAUGUACACCAUGUUAUAUGAAUAAUAACCUUGACCCUUAGCUACCGCAAUGCAAUGUAAAUUAAAAUUGAUCACAUCACAGAUAUAUGUAUAGCCAAUUGAAAGGUUUCUGCGAUUUUGAGCGAAGAAAAGCUAAUUUGACUGAAAGUUUCCUGAAAAGACACCAUAUGAUUGUCCAUAUCUUUUGUGAUGCAGUAUGUAGUACUUCUGAUUGGACCGUGCAACCGGAAGUCACCCUAUUCCGCUUCCGGAGUUCUUGUAUCUAACACGAAUCAGAUUUGUUGGGCCUGGCUUUGAAAAUGGCAGAGAUCAGUUUGGUUGUCUACCUCACGUGACGGUGCCGUCGAGUCUACACAGUCGUGACUUGCCUGAACAAAUGAAUGAUUAGUUUUUCUGUGCUUGAUUGCCGUUAGUGAUGUUUUGUUGGUGACAUAAUGGAUCCCUUCCUGGUAGUGAUAAUGAACCACACGAGAAUAGAUCAUUGCCGGUCAAUGACACUUGGAUAUUGUCACACAACAGAUUAAUUAUACAUUGUGGAAGGCUAUAGGGGUUUUGCAUCCACAUUUCGCCAGCUCAAGAAAAUGUUUCCGGUAUCUAAAUAACGUAGUGUUAAAACACACGGUGCACGAAUCCAUGCCACAUUUAUUACAUAACAUGCAUCGGUAACUGAUGGCACUAAGAACAAGACACUGUUGAUUUCUCGAAUAAAAUAUGGUUAUUGUCUGCAAUAUCAUCUGGUAUGUCUUUAAGGUCAGGUUCGAUCGUUCGAAAUUAGAAAUUAAAACUUGAAUUUGAGGUUUCCACCUACGCAAAAAUGUACUCUGAACAAUUACACAAUGAUGCAUUUCUUAUUACCAGCGAGCCAUACGCAAGCCAUGUACACGAACGCAUCUGACCUUUAACACUCAGUUUUGGACAGAAUCGAGGUAUUUUAUGAACCGUGGGCCUUGCCAUAUUCUCCAGGUUCGACAAUAUUCUCAACACAAUACCUUGAUAUUGGAAAUUAGAUAUUGAUUUGGCGUACUCGGGUAAGCUCUAGUAAACCGAGUACAAACACACGUAAUUAAGCGAUUUCUUAGGCACAGCUCGUAUGCGUUUCCAUGGAGACGUAUACAAGCGUCUACGUCAUCAACUCAUCUGACAGUGUGUAAUAAGCAAACGUGAGAGGUAUUUCGUCCAGACAUGCGAAUUAUUGGCUUGGAAUGCUCGCUGGAUUUUAUCAGAUUGUAGACAUUUUUAUAUCGCGAGCUUGGAAUAGUGGGGAGGGUAUUUGUAUUGCAGAUUGCUGUCGAUAGAUACUACAUAUAGGCAAAGAACUCUGGUGAGUUGGUAGAGUCAAUGCUUAUGACGAUGUUGUCGGUGAAAACCGUUUAAAAGAUCGUACAGAAACGAUUGUCUGGCUGGGGACGGGGACCUUGUAGGGUGAAAUCAGAGAAGACGCACGGUGAAGAUUGGCUGGUACUGUUCCUGCAAGCCGAGGUUUAAAACACUGGUUGGACUCGGUUAAGCACGUGUGCCAUACUUAAAAAGGCGAUCCUGCUGAUGUUUGUCUGCAGGUGGCUGCCUGCUACUAAUAAGCGAUGUGCAGUACCAAUUGAACCGCUGGAAAUCUUGGUUGCAAAGCCCCUGGCAAAGCCACUGAUAGAGAAGACUUAAAAAAUGCCUUCAUUCUCUUGGAAUAAGCUUGACAAUGUAAGAUGCCACCUUUUUCAUGUUGUAUAUAUGGCCUUUAAAAUUACAAUGGAUGGUUAAAAAAGAUGAUUUUCCCCGUUUCUAAUGUCACCUUAACCACUUGAAUACAUUACUUAAUUACUCAUCGGAAAUAACAUUUCUUAAUCUAUUUUUUUCUGAGACUCGUACUUUGGCGUUGCUCAAUGAUGGGGAGCUUAAUUUCCAGGCUGUUCUACCAGAGAAAAGCCGUAUUCACUUGGUGAAAAAGAAAAUGUACUGCCACUGCGCAGGUGAAUGGUGAAGAACUGUUCCGUACAUGAUAGUAUAUAGCUGGUAUUUGCCAAAGGUCACCUAAAAGAACUACCUGAGAUCGCUAAAACCUAGAUCUGCCUUGGCGGGGAAUUUAUUCCUCAACACAAGUUUAAUAAACAUCGCAUGUGAUCGUUAGUUUCCACUGCUUUUUGAGCUAAAAAUAUCCAACUGGAAUCUAUUCAUAGAUUCGAACCUGUCGGCAGUUUACCAUCUGAAUGAUGUCUUCAGUGAAAAAAUAGGAUUUCAUGGUGAUUUUUCUAUAGAGUGUUUAGUUUUUACCGUCAGUUCUAUGUAAACAAAAUGGUAACUGUGGUGAAACCUAGUGACUCGAUUUAUUCACCUUCUAAGUCGUUAAACUUCCACGAGAAUUUGUACUCGGGUGUUUGUACUGUAUAUAAGGGUUGACAAUUUGGUAAAUAACCACCAAUAGGUUUUAUAUGUAUUUAGAGGUGAUUAUAGCACCCAUCAUUUUAUAUCAUAUAUAAACUUAUGAAAGUGCUUUGUGAUAUUAACUUGUACAUUAAUCAGUAAUUAACUGACAAUUCAUUGAGGAAAAUAAAACAGUAUUUUCGU